AGCAAGUCACCUGGUAAUACCGCUGACGCGAAAGGAGGCCAAUCUGAUCUGCGUCAGUCUUCAACCGGUCGAGAAUUUCUUUAAUUUUAUUUCUAUGGUAAUAUUCACCUGUUGCGCCGUCAACGAUCGGGGUGCAGCGGACGUUUACACGAUGCCGAAAACGUCCAGGAUCAUCACCCUUGUGAUCUUGUUAUCAGUGCUCGCAGAGUCCGUCCGGUGUAUUCCCUGUUCGUCUCGGGACGAACAUGCCGCGAAUAUUCUUUCAGCUGUCGAAGAUUCUCCAGAUGCGGCACAUUCCCGAUUCAAACGCCAAGCCGACAUUAUGUCGCUGCUCAUGCUGUCCCUGCUGAUGCCGCAUCUGACCGGUGCCGCCGGUGGCGCCGCCUCUCCGCCGCCGUCCCCGGAUGAUGGUCCCACACCGCCGACCACACCGGCCACUGUUCCACCGCCUCCUGACGACGGCGGGUUUGAUUUACAGCAAAUGAUGCAGAUGAUGCUCAUUGCCCGCUUCAUCAGCGGACUGGGUUGAAGCCGAUCGAAGCCUUGUUUAACAUGGAAAUUUCCCAACAAUCGUCAAGUACCGGAAGUAUACGACUGGAACUACCCUUUUCGUGUUUCACUAUUGUGAUGAAAAAUUGGAAUGAUUGUGUCAUCUAUAUAUGUGCAUGAGACUGCGGGAAAGAAUUUAGAGAAGUUAUGCAUUGUGAAUUUGUGAUCGGAAGUCGAAUAUUAUUGCACAAUGCGCUUACCGUAUCUGCAUUAAUUUCAGUGCACAUUGCACAGCGCAGCAAUGCAUUUUGUCAGAUAUCGAGCACAAUUGCUAAAAUUCUGUGAAAAUUCAGCAAAGAAAAAUAAAUCAUAC